AGCGUCACAUCAUAGAUUCAACACAUGGUUCGCUUCCGCGUUGAUCCCUGUUUCGGACUUAUCAGUCCUACCUUUCCAUCCUUUCAUUUAUUGCAUCUUCUUUACCCUUUAUUUCUUUUUUAUAUUGAAUCACUUCCGAGUGCUUAGUUUUUCCUUGCUUUUUAUUCCUUCAUUAAUCUUUCUUUUUUGUGUUAUCUUUUUGCACAUUUUUGAUUCGCACUGGAAGAUGUCAAGACACGUCAACAAAAAGAUCUUUUCAUCUAAAUCCAUCAUAUCUGUCGAUCGAGCAGACAGCUUUCAACUCGGUCAACUGUUUUUUAUUCUGCAACAGUGUCGUUAUACCGAUCGGUUAUGUCUCAUAUGGACGGCGUCGUGUUUGCUUUAAGAGUAUUCCAUGUCAAACGGUUUCUAUGAAUCAAAGAUAUACCCAAACUAAUGAGUGUUUUUAUUUCCUAAAGUACUCCUUCGCACUAGUUGGACUAGUUAGUUCAAUGGCACAGCCAGUGCAGCGGAGUUUACCCACUUUCAUGCGGACCUUUGCCGAUCAACUACAUUUUGUGUAUAUAUAUAUAUAUAUAUAUUGCCGCAAUCACUUGACGCCCAUCGAAGCCGUUCCUGGCUUUCAUCCAUACCAACAAAAGCGAAAAAAAGUUGCGCAAGUCUCUAUGUAAAAUAACAGUUUUACAUACGUGCAUUGUUCUCGCGGUGACAUUGGUUUGACGGUUAAUCCCGGUCUUUGAUUAGACAUCAUUUUGCGCCUUGAUCGUUUGUUGGAUGAUCAGUGGAACGUAUCGGACGCAAUGAGAUGGAACGCGAUGAUUGGAUGAAAGCUUUGUAAUAGAGAUAAUACAUUUUGCGGUUCUCAGCCUAUUUCAUACUGGUGGUGUCGUAAUGAACGGCGAGAUGGAUAGAAUCCUAUACUCAAAAACUUAAUUUUAAAACGGUAUUCCUAGUGGUCCUGUUGUCAUUCACCUCCACUGCAUGGUCAAAUUUUGAAGGAGUCACACACUCUUGAAGAGAUUCGUCAUUGUCCACCCCCACUUCUGGUCCACGUGAUCUGUUUUUUUUUCCAUCUCCUGAUGCCAUGACUUGGAGACAUCAACGGUUCGGCUUACCAAAAAUAAAUUGUAGGGAAACUAAGUUGUGUAUUG